AUACUAGGAAAACCCGGAAAAAACAUUCAAUUCCCAACUGGGUUUGAUGAAUUUUCGUCAAGCCCUUUUGGGUUGUUUAUGUCCUGUCCUACUAAGGAUAUAUCAUCAUAUGAAAGCCUCACCUAGCUCUCUCUCCAAAUUUGACUUUGAAAUUGCAUACAAUCCAAGUACUCUUUCUUUCUUUCUUUCUUUGCAUGUCUUAUAUUAUUGGGGAACACAGCAGACAGCUCUCUCUACUUUCAGAUAAGAGUAAGACUCUCAGUCGCACUCACACACACACACUUCUACUUCUCUAAAGUCCUAAAAAUGCAAAACACAAACCAAGUUCAAGUCCAAGAGUAGUGAUUUUCGAAGCCUAUUAUGAUGGUACGGACACAACACCAACUCUCUUUGCAAACCAAAACCCACAUCAUCGGAUCAUUCUCCUCCUCCUCCACCAAUGCUCAGGUACUCCACUCCUCUCCUGCUCUCUCCUCUCCUCUCCACCCAAUCAGAUCCCUCCACGUGUCCCGUCCCCUUCACCGGAUCGAAUCCAAGCUAACCCGGCCCGAAUUAACCGAUCGGAUCUCCCGCCUCCUCGUACUCCAACGACACGACGCCAUAUCCAACCUCUCCUUCGACUUCUCCGACGGACUCGUCGACUCCGUUCUCCGAAAACUCCGUUUAAACCCUGGCGCUUGUUUAGGGUUUUUCAAAUUGGCCUCUAAGCAAAAAACGUUCAGACUCAAUGUUAAAUCUUAUUGUAAGAUUGUUCACAUUUUGUCUAGAGCUCGAAUGUACGAUGAAACGAGGUCGUAUUUGAAUGAAUUGGUUGGUUUUUGUAAGAAUAACUACACUGCGCUUUUUGUUUGGGACGAGCUCGUUAGGGUUUAUAGGGAAUUCACGUUUUCACCAGUUGUUUUCGAUAUGGUUUUGAAAGUUUAUGCUGAGAAAGGUAUGAUAAAGAAUGCACUCCAUGUGUUUGAUAAUAUGCCUAAGUAUGGUUGCGUGCCGAGUUUGCGGUCUUGUAAUUGUUUGUUGAGUAGUUUGGUAAGGAAAGGCGAAAGUCACACUGCUGUAUUGGUUUAUGAUCAGAUGAUUAGGAUGGGGAUUGUGCCGGAUGUUUUCACGUGCACGAUAAUGGUGAAUGCUUAUUGUAAGGAGGGGAGAGCGAGUAGAGCUUUGGAGUUUUUGAAAGAAAUGGAGAGUUUGGGUUUUGAGACGAAUGUAGUGACGUACAAUUGUUUGAUUGAUGGGUAUGUUGGUGUUGGGGAUGUGGAAGGAGUGGAAAGGGUGUUGAGGUUGAUGUCUGAAAAGGGGAUUUCGAGGAAUGUCGUGACUUAUACAAUGUUGAUUAAGGGUUAUUGCAAGCAAGGUAAGAUGGAGGAAGCAGAGAAGAUGUUUCAAGAAAUGAAGGAGGAGGAGGAGAAGGAAGGGUUGGUGGUAGUGGAUGAGCGUGCUUAUGGAGUGUUGGUAGAUGGGUAUUGUCGAGCUGGCAAAAUGGAUGAUGCCAUUAGGGUUCGGAAUGAGAUGUUGGAGAUAGGCUUGAAGAGCAAUAUAUUCAUUUGCAACUCGUUAAUCAAUGGGUAUUGUAAGCUUGGUCAGGUUCAUGAAGCAGAGGGAGUUUUAAUGCGUAUGGUGGAGUGGAACUUAAAGCCAGAUUCUUAUAGUUAUAAUACUCUCUUGGAUGGGUACUGUAGGGAAGGUCAUAUAAGCAAGGCUUUCAAGUUUUGUGACAAGAUGCUAUAUGAAGGAGUUGAACCAACUGUUGUAACUUACAAUACUCUUCUCAAGGGUCUAUGUCAAGCAGGUGCCUUUGAUGAUGCUCUACGCCUUUGGCAUUUAAUGCUGAAUAGAGGGGUGGAUCCAAACGACAUUGGCUAUUGUACUCUUCUUGAUGGACUGUUCAAGAUGGGGGAUUUUGACAGGGCUUUUGUGGUGUGGAAAGAUAUUUUAGCACGGGGAUUUACUAAGAGCAGGGUUGCUUACAAUACAAUGGUAAAUGGAUUAUGUAAAUUGGGGAAAUUAGUUGAAGCAGAGGAGAUUUUUGACAGGAUGAAAGAGCUAGGAUGUUCACCUGAUGGAAUAACAUAUCGAACCCUGGUUGAUGGAUAUUGUAAAGUUGGAAAAGUUGAAGAAGCUUUAAAACUUAAAGGGACAAUGGAAAGAGAAGCUAUUGUUUCUUCCAUUGAAAUUUAUAAUUCUCUUAUUUGUGGUGUUUUUAAGUGUAGGAAAUUAAGUAAAGCAAUGGAUCUUCUUGCUGAGAUGCAGACUAAAGGAUUAUCCCCAAAUGUUGUUACUUAUGGCAUCUUUAUCGCUGGUUGGUGCAAUGAAGGGAUGCUGGAUAAAGCCUUUAGUGCAUACUUUGAGAUGAUUGAAAAGGGUUUUGCGCCCAAUGUAAUCAUUUGCAGCAAAAUUGUGAGCAGCCUGUAUAGGCUUUGUAGGAUUGAUGAAGCAAGUUUGCUUUUGCAGAAGAUGGUGGAUUUUAAUAUUGUUUCGCAUGAAAGAUGUUUUAAUAAGUUUCUCAAGGAUGACGUUAGACAUCUAAACAUAUUGAAAAUUGCUAAUUCAUUUGAAGAAAGUGCAAAAAAAAUUUCUCUACCCAACAAAAUUAUGAACAAUAUAGCUAUUUUUGGGCUAUGCAAGUCUGGGAAGGUAGAUGAUGCAAGAAGUUUAUUGUCAGAACUGUUGCUUAGAGGCUUUGGUCCUGAUAAUUUUACUUAUUGUACCCUAAUUCAUAGCUGUUCAGCCACUGGCAAUGUGAAUGAAGCUUUCAACUUACGGGAUGAGAUGCUGAAGCAGGGUAUUGUUCCAAACAUUACUACAUACAAUGCUCUUAUUAAUUGCUUGUGUGAGUCAGGAAAUAUGGAUCGAGCACUGAGGCUUUUCUAUAAACUUCACCGAAAGGGGUUAACUCCUAAUGUAGUUACCUAUAAUAUUUUGAUUGAUCAGUACUGUAAAAUUGGUAAUACUAGUGAAGCCCUUAAAUUGAAAGAUAGAAUGGAAGAAGAAGGGGUUGCUCUAUCUAUUAUUACCUACUCUGCGUUGAUCAAUGGUCUUUGCAAGCUGGGAAAUAUGGAAGAAUCUACGAAGCUUUUGGAUCAAAUGAUCAAGGCUGGUGUGCUCACAGACAUGAAGAAAUUCUCCAAGCUUCAUAAUAUGACUCAGAUGAGAUGUCCCUCUUCUGGUAUUGUUUCUCCUGAGCCAGCUAUUUUAGACGAUUGCUUAGAUGCUGAAGGAAUGCCUAAUUAUUACUACAUGUCUGAAGCUGUGAGUUGAUGCACUCUGUGAACUAAGAACUUUUUGUGAGAAACAUUCUUUCAUUGAAAUGAUUUUGAGUUUGCUAUGGCGUUGUGUUCACAAGUGCAUCCUUAUGCAUUAACAUGCAAAUUAUGGAGAUGUAGGUUGUAACCUCUAUAUUAAGGAGGGCUAUGUUCUAGUCUCUUAGAAACCCAGGACACAUUUAAUCAGAGUCAUCCCAAAGCAUAUGUUCCUCUGUAGUUUCUUUGUCAUUAAACUACAUAUCACUUCUUCAUUCCAGAAGUUUCGCUUCAUGAAGUAGUUCCUUGGAGGUCCUCUAUUUGGAACCAAGGUGAUCAUUAUUAUUGCAGACAAAUUGCUGAUGGGUCAAAAUCCAAACCAAUUAUUUCUAGGAGAAAUUCCUGUUAUCUAAUUCUUGCAUUCUGUCUCUAGUGCAAAGGUAUUGCAGACUAACAUGCUGGUCCUCUAUGUUGUUUAGAUUGUCUAGCAAUUUUCCUGCUCAAUAGCUCUUAGUUGGCAUAAAUUGUUUCCUUCUAGUGAAAAAGAGAACAACAUAUGCUGAAUGUCUUAAACAUCAUAAGGUGGCGGUACAUGGAACCCAGGAAAUCUACAGAAAAUGGGAUGUAUUAUAUGUGCAGCUCCUUACUGAAGAUCUUGUCCAAAAUGAAGCUGGGGUUGCAUUUUUUCUCCAUCAGGCCAAGCCGGUGGGUGUUCCUUCAGCAGCCUUCCAUGAGGCAGGCCGUGCAAGAACGCCUUAUAUCCGCGGCUGCUACCACUGGCACAUUGCUUAGGAAAGGUGUUGAGGAGACCAAGGACAAGGUUGUUGUAGGAAAAACUAAAGUUGAAGAGGUGGCAAAGAAGACUGCACAAUAAAGUAAGACUAUCUUGACGGACAUUGAAUGAUGGCAGAAGUUAUAGAUUCCGAGGCAGCUAGUAGUUGUCAAUAUUUUGUUUUCUUUUCAGUUGAAUUACCUAUAACCCAUUUUCCUGUCCCAACCCAUUUAAGAAAUCCAUAUGCUACAGGAUUUAAUUGGGUUAUAAAUGGGCACCUAUCAGGAGCCAUAUAGCACCUAACAAAAGCCUCAACUUACCUAUUCUGCUACCCAUUUGACUUCUUUGGAAUACUUCUUUCAUUAUCUUGAGAUGCCUAACUAACUUUUGCCCCAAAUCCAAUUAAUUUGGUGAUUUUUUUCCAUUUUGAAAAAAGAUAUGCUUUGUUUGGUAGCUUAGAAAAUUUAAGGGGAAAUUGAGAUCAUUCAAACACCCCCUGGGUGAGGUUCUCAGACAAUUAGAUCUUGCUUUCUGCUCUGCCUUGAAUGACCAUGAUCCAGCAUUCAUAGAAAGCCUUACUCUUCUGCCUCUUUUUUUUUUCUUUCCUUAAAUUUGUGGGUACAGAAGAGGGCGAAAGUGUUGAUGCAUCUUCUCUCAUUCCCUUGGAUGAUGGCGUGCCAACUGACUUUGGUGCUAUUGAAGUUGUUCCGUGACUUAUAGAACAUCACAAUGCAAUUUUUACGGAUGCAAAUGUGACGACUUGGAGAUGACUUACAAUGACUCUCUACCUCAUCCAGCAGGGGAUUUAAUGAGUAGAAUAGUUUAGCCCACUAUUUCUCAAGGUUGAAAUCUUUACUGGUCACAAGGAUCAUUGCUCUGUAGUGGAUGUCACAUUCCUUGAUAAAGCUGAGACCAUUGCUGGAUCAGGGAGUACUGAAAGUUGGAUUUAAAUGAGUUUUGGUUUUGCCAAUAUUUGCCCCUUUGGAAAUGGAAGUGCACCAUGCAUAUAUUUUUAGAAGAUCAAUCAGUCAAAUACUUUACAAAUACAUAUCUUUUAGGUGUGAAAUUCUUGUGGUGUGAGUACAGUUGGAAUGAUGAUUUAUAAGUGCAAGUAAUACAUUGUAGACAAAGUAAUUGUAUCUGAUUAUAGGAUUGAUCUAUGGUGAAUUGGCUUGUCUAUA